AGUACUACGGCGAUGAGGAAAUCAAGGUAUACUCCUCGGAAAAGGCUGUUUGAUGAAGAAGAAAACCAACCUCUGCCAGCGGAUGUUUGCCGGUUGGUCAUCAACUUUGAGGAGGUUACAAACUCUAUAAUUGAGAUUUGGGCGAGGUACUUGCACGAGAAAAUGGUAAAUGAAGGUGGAGAGAUCCUGGUUCAGUUUGGUACUUCUGCAGCUGUAGGCUUACCGAAGAAGCCAUCAGUGCAAUCUGUAACAAGGAGGUCCCAGUAUAUAGCUGAUCUUUUAGGCGUUGCAUUGCGUGGACAGAUCACAUUAAUUCCCUACAAUACCGGCGGUCAUUGGGUGUUGGCCGCAAUUGACAUGGCAAUGCAAACGGUGUAUUACCUGGAUUCUAUAGGAGGAUCUCCAUCAGAAGAUUUGG